AUGUGUUUGAGAUCAAAGCUAGUUCCUUGGACCCCUCCUCGUUGGGUUCCUUCUACAGUAAAAGUGCCGAGUUCUAAAUGUGUCCUUGCCAAUGUACCUACGCCGAUAGAGAAGUGGAAUUUGAAGGAUUUCGGUGAUGGAAAACAACAAUUUUUUAUAAAGAGAGAUGACUUGACUGGGACGUCUCUGACUGGGAACAAAAUCCGCAAGUUGGAAUUUCUCCUUGCAGAUGCAAUCGAAAAGGGCUGCGACACAAUUAUUGCCUGGGGCGCGAGUACUUCUAAUCAUUGCCGUUCGACGGCGGUAGCGUGUGCAGAACUUGGCUUGGAAUGUCACUUGCUUCUCACUUCGAACGAGUCGGAAAUCACAUAUGAUAGUGGUAACAUCACGCUUGCUGCUCUGUCUGGUGCUCACAUGUACAAAAUGGAGACUUGCUCCUUCGAUGAAGCUGACAAGAGAAUGGAGAAUCUUUCUUCCCACUUGGCAAAAAGUGGAAAGAAAGCUUACAUUAUCCCAAGAGAUGGCGUUAAAAUUGAGGACUUGAUCGAUAUUACUGAUGACUACGUCGGGAAAGGAUACGGUGACGCGUGGCCAGAGCUGAAAGAGCUAAUUCUUGAAGUCGCCCAAUCAACUGGCAUUUUCCUAGACCGGGUUUAUACUGGGAAAGCUAUAUAUGCAAUUAAAGAAGAAUUGAUCAAAAAUCCAGAGAGAUUCGCAGGAGACAAAAUCCUGUUUUUGCAUACUGGCGGCUUGUUUGGAGUAACCGAUGGAUCGCUUACAUCUGAAAUUAUUGAAAAGCGAAAAAUAAUUCCCUUCCCUUCUGAACUCACAUCAACUAGAGAAAAUCAGAAUUAA